UAUCAUUUACUUUUUUUCAGAAUGUUGCCUGACGCUGAAACUUCAUUCAUAUCAUGGUUGUCUUGGAUGAUGAUCCUCGGCGGGGUACUGACGAUGGUUGCAUUGAUGCUAGGAAUGCGAGCCGUUUAUGGGAGGUAUGCAGCUAAAUCAGCACUCGUGAUUCCUGCUCGUUUAGCAUGGGCUGUGCAGGAAUUCCCGUCCUUCGCCAUACCUGCCUAUUACGCAUGUGAAUGUCAGAGCAUUGCCGGUGCUAUCAUUUUGGCAUUGUUUAUCAUUCACUACUUCAACAGGACAUUUAUAUACCCACUGCAUUUGAACUCAGCCAAUGCCACACCUUGGUAUAUAUGCCUGUCAGCUGCUGCAUUCUGUUCUGUUAACGGAUAUAUGCAAGGUAGCUUCUUCGGCAAAUACUAUCACCCUACAAGCUUCUUUGGCCAUCCCCUAACUUAUGUUGGAAUUGCUAUGUUUGCUGCUGGUAUGUACAUAAACAUGCAGUCGGAUCAUAUACUGCGCAAUCUGAGAAAGCCAGGCGAGACGUGCUACAGAAUUCCUCGAGGCGGCAUGUUCGAAUACGUCUCUGGAGCAAAUUAUCUCGGUGAAAUUAUCGAAUGGACAGGCUAUGCAGUUGCGUCGAGAACACUUCCCGCUGUUGCCUUUGCAAUUUUUACCGCUUCUAACAUUGGCCCUCGAGCUGUCCAACAUCAUCAAUGGUACCUUAACAAAUUUCCCGACUACCCCAAAGAACGUAAGGCUCUGAUACCGUUUUUAUUGUAAACUUCCUCUUUGAUUUAUUACCUCCUAACUUCUAUUGACUGUGAUAAACGACCGUUUAACUACAGUUUGCUUGAUUAUGUAAUUUGCCUUGCAAAGCACUAGUACAACUUGUAACUUUAUCGCAAGUGCAUAGGUGUUGCUAUUUAUAAUUUAUCCUGAGUGCAUGACUGUUGCCGAUAACAAUAUUGUCGCAUUCUGUUAAAAGUUUAAACUGCUAUAUUUUUGCUUCAAGG